AGGCCAUGAGCAACACCUUUACCGCCAUGGCAUAUACUUGGAAGACAGAAGGUCCAAAAGCGUUGAUAGCUCCUUGGGCGCCAGGCUAUAUGAGCACUUGCGCCGAUGCUUUUGUCUUCAAUUUUGUCUACUAUUACUACUUUGAGUUUUUUCGCUCCAUCUAUUCCCGAACAGUUUCUGGCCGGAUCGGCUAUCGCGGCAAUAUGGUCUUGGCGACUUGUGCAGGGGCCUGCAUGCAAUUGACAACCUUGCCUCUGCAGAAUCACUCAACACGCAUGCAAACGCAGACUGAAAGGCAAAGCAAUUGGGCCACAGCUGUGCAAAUGUAUAGAGAAGAGGGCCUCGCGGCAUUUUACAAAGGGCUUUUGCCAUGUUUGCUGCUAUCAUUGAAUGCUACUAUCCAAGAUACCAUCUUCGAGGGAAUCAAAGAUACCUGGCUGAAGCGUCAGAACAUUUCGGCCGCAGCCAGGGCUGGUGUUGACUUGGCCCAAAUGAAACUUCGAGCUGUGCAAGUGGGUUUGAAUGCCGGGCAAGCCUUUUGGCUUGGUCUUUUUAGCAAGCUCAUUGCAUCCACUAUUUGCUUUCCAAUCACACGAAUCAAGCAGAUGUGCCAAGCUCAAACAAAGCGAUCCAAGCUACGGUCUGACGGAAAUAUGAGAACCUCACCUUUAAGCAUGCUGGAGAUGUCAAAUUAUGUUUGGAACAAGGAUGGUUGGCGAGGUUUCGUGUAUGGCAUUGAAGGGCAAGUCUUCAAUGCGUCGCUGAAAGCAGCUUUGAACCGAUCAGUGAAGGAACGUAUCCAAGUCUUCAUUUUCUUUCUUCUGUUCCCUCUCCGUUUUCAGGAAAUGCGCAAAAAGGCAUUGGCCUUGGCACAAGCUUAGUAAAAGGAAAAGGAUUGUGCGAUUCGUGCACAGAGAGUAACAGAGAUUUCGUACGAAGAAAAGGAAAAGAGGAAG